AGAAAAGGGCUCACUGUAUAUUAAACAUAUAAUAGCUGAAUAGGAAUGGGCGUGUACACGACCGGACUAUUUUUUGGCAGCCAAGGUCAAAAAUCCCGUCACUAGGCACUAUACAACUGACAUGCAAGCACCAUAAGUGCUGGGGUAGGUAAAAUAUACUGUAUGCCGACUUCUUAGUGACCAGCACUAUGGAUCAGCAACGGAACACCAUCUUCACUUUGUCGCCCAGGGAGACAAGCGGACUGAAAGAUGGUGUCAACUUGGUCAGGGGCUUGGGCAAUUUGAGGUUCAUCAUCUACAAGGAUGCGGCUGCUGAGGACACGGAUGAGGAGUCGGCGAGCGAACACAUGUUUAAGGUCUGCCUGAAUAAAUGUAAACACCAAGGCGGGAUAUUCAUCAAAGACAUCGAAGACCGAAAUGACUGUGUACUUCGCUGUACCAAGCAUGGAUGGAAAUUAGAUGCACGGACCAUGCAAUACGUCAACCCUCCAGACUGCUUCAGUCAAGAGCAGCUUGUACCUGAAUUAAACGAAGAUGGAAGCCUAAGCAUAGUUGAGCUGCGGCCGCGCCAUCCGUGGGAAACCAACAAGAGGGAUCCAGAACCGCUCCAAGUCGGUGAAGUACAGGUCACCUACAUCACGCAUGCCUGCAUAGAGUUAAAGCUGGGAGAUCUGGUAAUGAUCACGGACCCGUGGCUGAUGGGCCCCGCAUUCGCCCGUGGCUGGUGGCUGAUGCACGAGCCGCCACCAGACUGCUUGGACAGGUUGGUCAAAGCCGACCUCAUAUACAUCAGCCACCUUCACUCCGACCAUUUGAAUUACCCAACGCUGGAGGUGUUAUCUGAGCGCAAUCCCGACAUCCCAAUCUACGUGGGCGACACCUCCAUGCCGGUGUUCGUGAGGUUGGAGCAGAGCAGUGUAAAACUCAACAAUAUUAACAUCAAAAGAUUGGGAACGUGGAUAGAGAUUAACAAAGACAUGCGAUUUAUGAUUAUGAUGGAUGGUGUACACCCUGAUAUGGACACGUGCUUACUCGUCGACUACAAAGGUCACCUUAUUUUAAACACAGUAGACUGCACCAAUCCCAACGGUGGACGUUUGCCCUCGGGUGUAGACUUGAUGCUAAGUGAUUUUGCCGGCGGUGCCUCGGGCUUCCCCAUGACAUUUUCCGGCGGGAAAUACACAGAGGAAUGGAAAGCCGAGUUUGUGAAGCGCGAACGUCGUAAACUGCUGGACUACAAGAUGAGGCUUGUACGGGACACUAACCCGAAGGUCUACUGUCCCUUUGCCGGCUACUUCGUUGAGGCACACCCCUCUGAUCAGUACAUCAGGUCGGUCAAUACCAAGAACGACCCAGCUGCACUGAACGAUCUGAUCCGGCGGAACGCCCCUCAUAUAAAUACGUGGACUCCCCGCCCAGGUGCGGUGCUGGAUUUACAGAAAGCAAUCAGUGGAGACAGUGAUUUCAUUCAUGAUCCUCCAGCAGGAAGCAAAGUCUUCAAAGACAGCUGGGAUUUUGAGAAAUACGUCAACAAGAUCAACUCUAACAUUGAAGACGAGAUCUUUGCGUAUCCAGAGUGGAUCCAGUUCUACUACAGAUGGGCGGGGUUCAAGAACUACAACCUCGUUAUCAGGAUGAUUGAGAGGGAUGACGAUUUUCAGCCCGUUGUUGGAGGCUACGAUUUUCUAGUUGACUUUCUUGGAGAGGAACCGACCUUCCCAUCAGAGCGACCAGAAAGAGAACAUAAUUAUCUUGAGAUGGAGAACCGUAUUGGGGUACACCGUCAGACGGUGCGAUGGGGUCUUUUCUGGGACGACCUUUAUAUCGGCUUCAACAAUCGCAUCUCCCGUGAGCCUGACAUGUUCCACUAUUUGUUUUGGAACCACAUGCAGAUUCUACUACCCAGGAAGGAACCAGACUGGGCCUCUUUCUUAGCGGAAAUGAAGGGAGAAAGUGCACCACGAAAAGAUAUCUGGAAGCCAAGUCUUGCGUCUGCCUCUGACAAUCAUAACACAACUAGGAGCAACAGCACCACCUAUGGCAGACUAACCAACGGGAGGUCAGGCGUAGCUAGCUCGACAAACUGUUGUCACACUCUGAGGGCGCACUGGACUAAUGUGAAGCAAUGGUCGGGACCCCUGCUGGUAAUGACAGUGGCAGUGCUAGGAGUUGGCUUGGCGUUGCACAAAAAGUGAUUUUUUGCGAGUCGUGCACAACGGCCUCGCCUUCAAAAACGCCGUUUGCAGUCGAUGCAAUUUUACUAAUGUCUUUCACAUUGUCUAAAUUUGAAAAUGUGCAUGCAUCCAUGUGUGCUAAAUUCAAAGCUAUACAUGUCGCGGUUGGGGUUUUUCACGUGCCGUAACAUGACGGGCAAAGGUUUUCAAGAAGCGUAGCCUAAGUUUAGUCAGAUGAAGCUCUGAAAUUACAAUUGUGUAAAAGUUGAUAUUAAGCAUAAUAGAGUGACAAAUGUUAUUAAAUAUAAAGUUUGUUAUUUAUCCUUAAUUCUAUCAAAUUGGUUGACUGUGAGCCCUAAAUGAUAAAUUUGUUAAAAUGUGAACAAUUUGUUGCCAGAGCAAUUAUUUCUAGAAGUUAUUACGAAGAGUAUUUCUGAACAAUCUUACAAUGAGAAAAGUAAGGAAGUAAUAAUGAAGAGUAAAUAGAUUUGAGGCCUUCAGGAGAAACAAUCUGCUUUAAGUCUACCGAUUUCUCCAAUAGACCUCUUACAAUGGAUACUCUGAUAGUUUUUUAACAUGGCGAGAAACCAUUGAGAAAAAGUCAAGUACAAUCAAUGUGUACUUAAUCACUCGAAUUUCCGUCAAUGUGAAACUUCCAAGUCCAUUUAUCUUCAAUAAAAACUACCAAAAUGUAGACUUGUUGACCUUUUUAACAAAAUGUUUCAUUCAAUACAAUGUGAAGGUUUGAUGAAUUUACUAUACCCCUUCGCUGCUUCUAAAAAUCAUGCAAUUGCAAGAGGGAGACAAGACUUUUGUUGCUGUGAAAGAUACUGCAUGCGAAACGAAUCAUGGAAAUGUCGACGUUUUUGAGAUGUCGUUGGUUUAUAUCAAUUAGAAUAGAGGUCCUUGUAAAGAAUCCCCACAGAAUAGGCAGUUACGAAUCUUUACUUAUUGCUGACGGUAAUGCAAAUAACUUUUACACCAGCUAUGAGCAACUGCAUGUGUACUGUAUAGUAUAAAGUUAAGUUUAGAAAAAAAAUGUGAUAAAUGUCAAAUUUGACAUUUCACCUAUAAAACCUUAAACUAUUUUUUCUGCAAACUCUACUUGUGCCUUUGAUGUUGAGUACUUAGAUCGAAAACUGCAUAGGUUGAAUGAAAUAAGGCUGUGUUUAUCGAAGAAUUUUACAGUACAAUUGUUACAACUCUUUCAAGGAUUUUAUAAAUAAUACUGAAAUCUACCAGUAAAUAGGCAACUGAGCUUACUCUACAGGAUCUCCAUUUUGACAUGGGAGUAACUCGGGCAACUUUUACAUUUUCCGGGAAAUUCGCCUUUUUGACAAGGAUAAUGUCUGGUACAGCGGAUCUUUUUUGUAAAUUAUGACAGAUUUGAUCAGUCCCGGUUGGUUGGAUAAAUGCCAGGGGACUUGUUUUUGAGCCUGAAAGUUGACAUUUAUAAUGGCGUGCUUCCCAAACCUAUGAAGUUUUCCUAUUCGAUAAGAAAAAUAAUGUGGGAAAAAAAUUAGUUCUUGUUUAUUUAUUUGCUUCUCUAAAAAAUCACUUCCGAANGAAGACCCAUAUUUGUAUUACAUUUUUGUAAAUUAUUUUCCAGCAUAAAGUAAUAAACAAAUGUCUGACCUGAAAGAGAAA